AUGAGCUCGUUUGACUUGGAGAAGAAAAACGAGACUGAGCAUUUUGAGGGCGACUCCGACUCGGGAGUUCGCAUUAUCCAAAUUGAUGCUGGUAAAUACCUGGAAGUGAACGAUGCCAAGAUCGCCGAGGGCAUCGAUACAUUGGAACAAGAAUUACAAGUUUCAGGCAAAAAGCCAUUUCUGUCAAGUAGAUGGCUCAAAAGACCAGAGCGGUUUAUUUGGUAUCUGGCCAGUCUAGCCUCUGUCGGGGGGCUGUUAUUCGGUGUCGACCAGUCGUUAAUCAGUGGAGCUGCAUUGUAUUUGCCAAAAGACCUCAACUUAUCAGAUUCACAAGAGUCUAUGGUGGUUGGUUUUACGCCAUUGGGCGCCAUGGGAGGUGCUCUAGCUUUGAUGCCCUUGAACGACAUCUUUGGAAGAAAAGGAACGAUUAUCAUAUCCUCGAUUGUUUUCACAGUUGGUGCGAUUUUGGAAGCUGCAGCAAAGAAUUUUGCCGUCAUGUUGGUUGGAAGAAUCGUUUUAGGACUUGCACUUGGUCUUCUUUCUGGAACGGUUCCUGCAUAUAUUUCUGAGAACUGUGCUCGCAGAUGGCGUGGAGGCCUGGUGUCGCUGUACCAGGUGAUGGUUGCUUUCGGCGUUAUGAUGGGAUAUGUGAUUGCAGCGAUCUUCAACUCGGUGAAGGGGAAUUGGAGAUAUGUUUUGGGAAGUUCUGUGGUGUUCUCAACUAUUUUGUUCUUUGGAAUGCUGACCUUGCCUGAGUCCACAAGGUGGCUCAUGAAACGAGGCCGGAAGCUGGACGCAUAUCAGGUGUGGAAGUACGCUCGCGGAUUGGAUUCUGUGGAUGAGAGACAAGAGUUCUACAUUAUGGAGCACGUUCUGUUGUAUGAAAAGGAAAUGGCGCAAGACAGAUGGCUCAUCUUGGAUCUAUUUGGCACAAAAAGAUGUUUACGGGCAAUAUCGGUUGCAGUAACCUGCAGUUUGAUCUGUCAGCAGAUGUCCGGUGUCAACUCCAUCGAGUACUAUCAAGCUACUUUGGUGCAGGCCGCAGGGCUAUCGCCGCAGAAUGCCGUCUACACAAGUUUGGUCGGUGGAGGUGUCAUGUUUCUCUCCACAAUUCCCGCUAUUUACCUUAUGGACCGCCUUGGAAGACGUACUUUGACGUUGACCCUUAUCCCAGGUAUUGCAAUAGGACUAGUUAUUACGGGCUGUUCCUUUUUGGCUACAAAUCUUGGUGUCAAACUAGGAAUCUAUUUCUGGGGUAUCAUCACUUACACAAUUUUCUGGUCCCCGGGACUUGGUCCUGUUCCUUAUCUUCUUGCUGCAGAAGUCUAUCCAACAUACCUGAGAAGUUACGGAAUGAGUCUUGCCUCGUUUUGUAACUGGACAGGAACCUUCGUGACGACCUAUCCUUUCCAAUAUAUGGCCAAUUCUAUGACUUCUACAGGCGUCUUUGCAGGACUGUACUGUGGAUUCCUUCUUUUGGGAGCAUUCUACUUAACUUUGUUUAUGCCAGAAACCAAAGGUUUGACAUUGGAGGAAAUAAACGAAAUUUUCCAACGGCCUCUGACACAUACCAUGCACACCAACGUGCGCAAUCUGAAAAAGACUUGGAAUGCCCUAAUUCACUUGAGAUUCAAAGAGGUGUGGAAGCUCGACUCGCAUUAG